AAUUUCUUAACUGAUAAUAUUGAUAACGCCAAUUAUAAAAUUGGAUUUUUAAGUUUGUGCCAUGCAAAUAAGUGAAACCUAAAAAUGCGUUUGAUUGCGUUGGUAGUACUUGUGGUUGCGGCUUCUGCCGGUGCUUAUGUGGGAGUUCCCGAUCCUAGAGGCUACCACGAGGCUGUAGGUAUACCUCUCGCGCGGAAGAUCAAAGCCCAUGAGGAUGCAAUUCAAAUCCAAAACAGGAUCGUUGGUGGUGUAUCCGCCCCUCCCAAUGAACAUCCGUAUUUGGCUGGUCUUAUAAUUAACUUCUGGAACAUCGCUGGACAAUCCGUGUGCGGCUCAUCACUGUUGUCUUCCAAUCGGUUGGUGACAGCAGCCCAUUGUUGGUUCGACGGCAAAAACCAAGGAUCGCAAUUUACAGUCGUGUUGGGCACGAAUUUACUUUUCCAAGGAGGACUGCGUAUACCUACCUCACAUGUAAUAAUGCACCCACAAUGGGCACCAGCGACAUUAGCCAAUGAUGUAGCCAUGAUUUACUUACCAUUCCCAGUUCAAUUUACCACAACCGUCCAGCCAAUUUCGUUGCCCAACUGGCAGGAGUUGGGUGAUCUCUUCGUGGGUAACUGGGCAACUGCUGCAGGUUAUGGUUUCACAAAUGACCAGCAAACUGGCGUGACUCUUGCGCAGAGUGUGAGCCAUGUGAAUCUGCAGGUGAUCACCGAGGUGCAAUGUCGCGCUGUAUUCGGUCCUACGUUCAUUCUACCCAGCACACUGUGUACGAACGGAGCGGGUGGUGUGGGCGUAUGCCGCGGCGACUCUGGUGGACCACUCUUCGUCAACAGGAGCGGACGCAGAGUUUUGAUUGGCAUCAGUUCCUUCGUGGCAGAUAUAGGGUGCCAGCUCGGCUUCCCAUCUGCAUUUGCACGAGUAACCAGCUUCUACUCCUUCAUUAUGCAGCACAUGUCAUGAAUUCUGCCAACAACAGCAGGAAACUCUCAGUGAUAAACUACUGCCAUAAAAUAAACGUUUUCUAUUUACAAUGCUUAAUUUAUUUACCCUU